AUGAGUGCCGAGUGGGUUCAGUUAGGAAAGGGCAAAAAAGGCCUACCUGUUUACUACCGAAAGAAAGAGAUCUAUACCAUGCAAUGGAAUGAAGAUCACAUCAAUCUUUCGGAAUGUUUGGUAGCAGCAGCAAAUUUCGGAGGCCCAAUCGCUCUCACCCGAGAUCCUAAAAAACUAUUAAGAUAUAAAGGAACAGAUACUAAACAAUAUAUUUUUGUGUUUUCAAGCUCCGGAAAGAGAAUAUCAAAGUUUGAGUGGAAUUCACAAUUAAACAAAUCUCUUCAAUAUAUCGGAUGGACCCACGAUGAAUCUUUGAUAUGUGUAACAGAAGAUGCACAUGUGUUUGUUUUUGAUAUAUUUGGUAAACAGUUACUUCAAUUCGGGUUUGUGGAGGAAGUGAAAAAUGCUGGAAUACUAAAAGUUAAACAUUGGGAAACUGGUGUUGCGAUUCUUACAAAAGAUUUCAAGAUUUGGGUCGUCUCUGAUUUGGAUGCACCAUUUUGUGAGCAGUUUGCGUCUAUGAAUAUUUCUACUCUUGAUUUUAAUGACGAGCAGGAAAUUGGAAUGUGUAUUUUACAGCCAAAUGUUACAGCAUCUGGAGAUUUGGAAAUUAUCAUUAGCGUCCCACAGAGUCCGACUGUUUUCAUUGUCACUUCUGAAGAAUGUCAUGACGUUGGAUUGGAUAAUGGACCUUUUCCGAAAAUUUGUGCUUCUCCUUCAGGAGAAGCUUUGGCAACCUUUAAUGAAUCAGGAUCUCUCUGGGUUGUCAAAUCUGAUUUUACUGAUAAGCAUGCUGAAUUUGAUACAAACGGAUCAUCUAACCCUCCAACUCAAAUUGCUUGGUGUGGAGAAGACAGCGUUUGUUUAUAUUGGGAGCAACUUAAUAACAGAGAAGGAAACAUAUCACUCCUACUCAUGAUUGGACCCAAUGGAGAUUAUAGUACAUUCCACUAUGACACUCCAAUUCAUCUCGUAACAGAAAUUGAUGGGAAAAAUGCUUCAUCCAUUAAGAAUAUUCGAUCUAUUAAGGCAAAUCUCAAACCCGCGGUGAAGGCAUGUCUUGAAGCAUCAGCGAACGAGUUCAACUCAUCUCUUCAAAAAUCGCUACUUCGUGCUGCAUCCUAUGGUAAAUCGUUUUGUGACGACUUUGACCACUCAGAAUUUGUGAGUACAUGUAAAACGUUAAGAGUAAUGAACGCUGUGAGAGAUCCCUCAAUCGGUAUACCCAUCACAUUGGAGCAAUACAAGAGAUUAACUCCUAAAGUGCUUAUCGAUCGAUUGGUAAAUAGAAUGCAACAUUUACUGGCAUAUAGGAUUUGUACCUAUCUCAAGAUCAAGCCUAAUAGUGUUUUAGUUCAUUGGGCAUGCUCGAAAGUACUUUCCAACGAAGAUGACGGUAUAAUAUUAGAAUCAAUCGACAAGAAGCUUUCAGAAUGCGAAGGUAUACCAUUUUCUAGCGUAGCCUCCACAGCAUAUAGUGUGGGUAAGAAGAACUUGGCUAUUCAGUUGUUAGAACGAGAGGAAAGAGCAAGUGAGCAAGUUCCUCUACUUUUAAACAUGGGUGAGACAAAGAAUGCGCUCAGAAAGGCAAUUAUAAGUGGAGAAACGGAUUUAGUUUAUCUUGUUCUGCUUCACAUGAAGAAAAAUAUGGAAGUCUCACACUUUUUCUCAAUCAUUAAUGAAAAAGGUUUUCGUGUGGCCCGUAAUCUACUUGUGACAUAUUGCAAGGAACAAGAUAUUGAUUUCCUUAAAGUUUUUUUCCAUGCAUUGGACAAGCAAGAAGAAGCAGCAGCCAUGAAUGUUUUAGAAUCUUUUGCCUUUGAAGAUGAGCCUCAAGCUCAUAAGAAGAUUCUUAAUCAAGCCAAAGAACUCUACAAUAAGAAAAAGGACUAUCAAUUGGACAGUAAGCUUUGUGAAGAACAAAUCAAACUUUUGCAGAUGCAAAGAGAUUUCGAUAAGAACCUCCCUUCCCCUGUAUUUGUUGGACUUUCUGUCGGUGACACCAUUUACCAUUGUUUGCUGACAGGAAAUAAGCAAUCAAAGAGGGUCAAAAAGGAAUUCCAGGUCUCAGACAAAAAAUACUGGUGGAUUAAGAUUGCAGCCCUAUCCAAGUUAGGAAAGUGGAACAAACUUGAGAAGUUUUCAAAGAAAAAAUCACCUAUUGGUUACCGUCCUUUUGUGGAAGCAUGUCUGCAACAGAAAAACAAGCUUGAAGCAGCGAAAUAUAUUCCAAGAGUAAGCGACAUUUGGGAAAAGAUUGAGCUCUAUGUAGAACUGCAACUUUUCAAAGAAGCCAUGGAAACUGCAUUUGCUCAAAAAGACCCAGACAUGCUCAGGUGGAUCAGAACCAAAACGCAACAUGCCCAGACCAAAGCAACCAUUGAUGACUUGCUGAAUAAGCUUUGA